AUGAACAGUGAUCCAAACAAAGAUGUGCAAGAUUCUAAAUCUGAUAAAUGCACAUCAUGGGUAAAAUGGUUUAAUAGUAAAGCAUCGAGUAAUUUUUUGGUUGAAGUGGAUAAUGAAUAUAUAACAGAUUCAUUUAAUUUAUAUGGUUUAAAACCAGAAAUUCCAAAUUUUAAUCAUUUAUUAUCAAUUGUUGCAGGGAAUGCACCUGAAGAAGAUGAUUCUAAAAAUCCUCUAGCAAAAGAUGCAGUUUGUUUAUAUUCCUUAAUACAUGCUAGAUUUAUUACAACACCAAAAGGUUUAUCAUUAAUGAAGGAUAAAUAUAUUAAAGGUGAUUUUGGAAGUUGCCCUAGAGUUAGUUGUUCACAACAUAAUGUGCUUCCAAUUGGAUUAUUUGAUCAAAUUAAAAUUGCAAAGGUACAUAUAUAUUGUCCAUUAUGUCAAGAAAUUUAUAAAAUACAUGAAGAAGAUAAAGUAUAUUUAGAUGGUUCCUUUUUUGGAACGUCUUUCCCUCAUAUACUUUUACAAACUUAUCCGUAUUAUGUUACACUAAAAACGCCCUCUUAUUGCACAUCCAAAAUAUUUGGAUUUAGUGUUUAUCAUAAUUUUACUAGAACUGAAUACAAAAUUGUUAAGGGAGAAUUUGGAAGAUUGUCUAGAGAAAAUUUCCUUAAAAAGAAUCCAAAAUAUUUAAAAAAACUGAAGAAGGAAGAACUGCAAAUUAAAGAUACCGAAAAAUCUUAA